ACAGUUCUGUGAACCACAUAUCAGGUUUAGCAGCUAUUGGAUAUGUUUAUCAUCUCUUCUCUGAGCUUCAUCACAGUAUAAGACCUGCAGCUCAGACAUGAAACACACACUCAGAUACUCCGCUGUUAUAAACCUGCUCAUCAACACCUUCGCACAAAUUCCCCAUGAAAUCGAUUAUUUUGUAGGCUGCUUUGUGAAUGGCACAACUGAGGUACACUUUGAAUUUGAUGCUGAGGAGAUGUUAUAUGUAGAUUUCUCUACAAAUGAAUUGAUAUACACUAUCCCAACCUUUAUUAAUCCUGAUCCAAGUCAGAUUGUGUCUGGUAUGAGUACUUUCAGAGAUGCUCUGAUUAAUGAAGAUGUGUGCUUAUCCAAAACAAAAAAGGCAGCAAUAAAACUAGAGAAUCAACAAGAAAAACAAGCCUCCCCUGAGAUUACGAUCUAUCCGUCUGAAGAAGUUCAGACAGAGGUUGAAAACAAUCUCAUCUGCUUUGUGAAUAAUUUCUACCCUCCUUCUAUUAACAUCAGCUGGACUAAAAACGGUCACCCAGUGUCUGAGGGGGUGUCACUCAGUAGAUAUUAUCCCCAAAAGGAUCAGACCUUUUACCAGUUCUCAUUUCUGACGUUCACACCGAGUGAAGGGGACAUUUACAGCUGCACUGUGGAGCACUCAGCCCUGGAGACGCCUAAAACAAAGAUCUGGGAACCUGAUGUAGCUGUGAAUGAUCAAAGUCCAGGACCAAAAGUUGUCUGUGGAGUGGGAAUGGUGGUAUUCUUUCUGGGAUUUGGAGCUGGAGUAUUUUUCUUUGUGAAGGCGCAGCGUUGCCAAUGGCAGCUCUGGUGCAUUGUUGUGUAGAUUGUGAAAAUAAGUCUCUAAUGCAGACAACUGAAUUUUUAACUUAAUUUUGAUUUUAAAUUAUCCAAAUUCAAAUGAUGUAAAAUAUAUUAAAAAUAUUUGUUUUCCUGUA